AUGCAUUUAGCGGAGGAAAGCCAACGCCAACCAGCUGAUCAAAACGCAACUCUCUAUUUUCCAUACAAUAUCGACCAGCAAUGUUUCAAUGGAACUUUGACCAUGAUGUACAGGAAAGGCUUACAAAAUGGUCAGCAGCAGUACACGUACACAUCAUACGGCACUGAUUGGGUCCAGGACGCGACCAAAAAGCGACUUUAUCAUCGCGUUGGCCUCACAACUACUGAUUGGCAAUAUUCCUACUAUGUUUUCGACAAUCUAACAUUUUUUCAAACAAAGGUGCGAUGUACGAAAAUGGAUCAGGGCUACGAUGAAUUCAUUGAGAGCAUGGGUCUCACCUACAUAAGGAAGCAACGAGACGAGCAAGUAUCUCUUAAUGGUCAUUACAAGGAGGUGAUUGUCUAUGAAGGCGAACCACCAGACGACGUGAACAUAAAUGGUAAACAUCCAUCGCUGAUUCGAGGCUAUUCCUCUGAGCAAAGAAAUGUGACAUACGGAUGGGAGCUCUAUUUUCCACAUAGUGCGAACUUUUCGCUUUACAAACAGGAGUAUUGGUAUCCAUCGAUGAAGAGUGUAAAGCCAAAUUGGGAUAUUUUCAACGACAUUCCCAAUUCGUGUCUUCAAUCAUGA